AUGGCCAGCAAGGCUGCCUACAAACGGCUGAACCGCGAAUACGCCACGAUCUCCGCCAAUCCACCGCCGUACAUCUCUGCCCACCCGUCCGAAGCCAACAUCUUAGAGUGGCACUACGUUCUCACCGGCCCUCCUCAGACCGCUUACGAGGGAGGGCAGUACUGGGGUACGCUGGUCUUUCCCCAUGACUACCCUUUCGCCCCGCCUGCGAUCCGCAUGCACACACCCUCUGGCCGCUUCCGCCCCUCCGAGCGUCUCUGCCUCAGUAUCUCCGACUUUCACCCUAAAUCCUUCAACCCAGCGUGGGAGGUCAGCACGAUCCUGCUGGGCGUACAGUCCUUCAUGACCUCAGAAGAGAUGACGACCGGCUCUGUGUCGGCAUCAGAGGGUGAGAGGAAAGCGUUAGCAGCACGAACAAGGUGGUGGAACAGCACAGGCGGCGGGAGCACAGAUCGACGACUUCCGGGUCAGCAGGCAGCUGGGAGUAACAGGCGUGGCUUCGGCGCGAUCAAAGGCGGAGACGGCGGAAAGAAAUUCAAGGAGCAGUGGCCGGAGCUGGACGAAGAGAAUUGGAAGUGGAUGGAGGAGCAGAAGAUUGAUCCGCAAACGGGCAAGAGUUUGGUGCAGACGAGCUGUGCGCCGGAGAUGGAGGGGUUGAGGAAGAGAGUGGGAGGUAGUGCGGCGGCGGGACUGGGUGCUGUGGUGGAUGGGGGCGCUGAGGGGCAGGGGUUUGUUAGGAGGAAUGCGAUGUACAUUGCUCUUGGGGUGCUGUUUGCGUAUGUGCUUGUGAUGCGGGUGGUGAAGGAGCAGUGA